AUGGAAGACGAAACAGAAGCGGGCCCUAGUAGACCAACGAGACGUACCGCUUUAAGAGAUGAAAGUGCCAGAAAUGUUCAAAAACGAAGGCGACGCGAUGAAGAAGAAGAAACUGAAGCGUCGUCUAAUGAAGGAUCUGUCAGUCAACCUUCCACUAUCGCCGAGAAAGCAGCUCAAAAAUUGACUGCAGAGGAACUAGAGCGCAAAGUUAAGGAUGUGGUGAGACUUGCUUUGUUUUCAGAACUCCGAAAACAACCAUUGAAGAGAGAAGACGUAACAAAAAAAGUAUUACACGAACAUUCCAAAACUUUUCAAGUCGUAUUUGAAAAAGCUCAAGAACUUCUCGUAGAUAUUUUUGGAAUGAGCCUCGCAGAAUUACCUUUAAAAGAAAAAAAAGCCGGAGGAUCACGUAAACCUACUUCCUCGACAAAGUAUGUUCUGAAAAAUAUUCUUUCUCAAGAUUAUAGAAAGGUAGGUAUAAUAAGUUGGGAAAAAAAUAAUGAAGAAGAAUCUAUGGGAUUGCUCACCGUCAUUCUGAGCUUGAUACAUGUAAACGGAAAACUUUUAUCAGAUGAACAGCUUGCACAUUACUUUCGUCGUUUGUGUCUAAUUGACAAUGAUAAAUUUGAUUUAGAAAAAGUUUUAUCAACAUUUGUCAAACAAGGAUAUUUGAAUAAACAAAAAGUGAGCAGAUCUGAUCAAUCUCAGAACCCAGAAAAAGAAUCACUUGAAUAUUCUUGGGGUCCUCGUGCAAAAGUUGAAAUGCCAGAGGAAAACCUUAUCGAGUUUAUUCGAGCAUUAUUCGGUCAAAGUGCCCCUCCUGAUCUUGAUAAACAAAUAGAAAGAUCAUCUGGAAUAUAA